CGUGAUCAUAACAGAUUUGCAGAAAAUAUUUCGGAUUCGUUAUAAAAUGUAAGAAUUGUUAGUUAUACCCUGAUGCAAAUAAGAGUGUAAUGAUGUCUGGCGAAAGCAGUGGGAACAAGGAACAAAAUGACACCAAGACAACUGGACUUCGAUUCAGAGGAUCAAGUCGACUAUUUAAUAAAAGGUUCACCAACACCAGUCGUUUUGUGGUCUCGUCAAAAGUAUGGAUGAACACGAUCCCAACACGAGACUGUGAUGUUCUUGUUACAUUCCCAUCCAACACCAGCGAUCAGACAUUGUUGUGGCUGUUGUCAAGGUUACGUACCAGAACCCCAGAGCUUUCAGUCCAUGUUCGUCACCAUAGCAAUACAGGAGUGUUUGGAUAUUACCUCACUGCAACCUAUGAAAAUUUAUUGAAAGCAGCGGAAGACUUAGAAAUCCAGAAACCCCUGAAACUUCAAUAUGGCGGCGGAAACAAAGAAUUCAUAUUCGACGACCAAGAAUGUUUUGAGGGUAUCGAAGAAUCGUCCACAUUCCUUACUAGUCAAGAGAGGCAGAAUAUUGUCCAGCAUAUGUUAAAUAAUCUCCGAGCGGUGGAGGGUGAGCAGUUGGGCAAGAUACGCUUCCUGGAGGGGCAAGCGAUAGCUCCCGUUCUUCUGUCCAAGAAUAUAGUCUCUCAGGUAUUACCUCUACACAACAAUGAAACAUUGAAAAGUCUUCAAUGCAGCUGGGUAAAAGCAUUCUUCAGCAAGCAACCUUUAGAUGCAAUAUGUGAUUACUUUGGCGUAAAACUAGCACUAUAUUUUGCUUAUUUGGGACACUACACAGUAGCCUUAACAAUCCCAGCAUUCCUUGGGGUUGUCAUAUGGGUCUUCAGUGGCCUCGAUCAGACGACAGAUGACAUGAUAUUUGUUGGAUUUGCAUUGUUCAAUGCAUUAUGGGCCACGUUAUACCUUGAGCAUUGGAAAAGACGUAGCUCUGUAUUAGCAUACAAAUGGGGCACAUUAGACAAAGAAGAUGAUUUAUUAAAAGAGCCAAGGCCAUUAUUUAAGGGUGAUCUACAACGGAGUCCCGUAACAGGACGACUAGAGCCGUACUACCCAAACUGGAAACGUAACUUAUUCCGAUAUUUCAUAACCACGCCAAUCAUCUGCACAUGUCUUGGACUCGUGUUCCUCUCGAUGCUUGCCAUAUUUGAGCUCCAGGAAUGGGUGAAUGGAAAAAUUGCCCAAGGGGAAUACCCCGCUUUUCUUCGUUUCAUUCCAAAGAUCUUACUCGCUGUUUCAAUUGGAAUCCAGGAUGAUAUUUAUAAGAGGAUUGCCACUUGGUUGAAUGAUUUAGAAAACUACAGAUUAGAUGAGACAUAUGAAAAUCAUCUUGUUAUCAAACUAGUUUUGUUUCAGUUUGUCAAUUCCUUCCUGUCGCUAUUCUACAUUGGGUUCUAUCUUAGAGACAUGGACCGUCUCAAGGAGCAAUUGGCGACACUUCUUAUAACACGUCAAGUGAUCGGCAACAUCAAAGAAGCUCUUGUUCCGUACAUAUUCUACAAAUUAAAAAUCUACAAAAUCGGCUAUGACAUGACAGCGACGAUGAGUCCAGACACAUUAGAUAAACAAAUGAAAGAAAUGACCAGCUGCAGGAGGAAAAACAGUAGAAGUAACAGCUCAAGUGAGGAUAAAUGUAGUGAAAGUAAUUCCAGUGUGACUGAUACAUCUAUUGAACAUACUCCCCCUAAAGACAAGGAUAGUGAUUGUGAAGAUGAGAUUGAUGUUAAACAAAGUGGGCCACAGCUCACGCAGGCUGAAGUAGAAAGUGCAAUGAAAAAGUAUGAAGAUACAUUUGAAGACUUUAUGGAGAUGUUUAUUCAGUUUGGUUACGUCGUCCUAUUCUCAUCUGCAUUCCCAUUGGCCGCUUUGUGUGCAUUGCUCAACAACAUCAUUGAGAUUCGUAGCGACGCCUUUAAGCUUUGCAUGAACUUUCAACGUCCAUUUGGCGAGAGAGUUUCCAGUAUUGGAAUAUGGGAGGACCUGUUGGGUAUUAUGGGAGUAAUAGCAAUAGGUGUGAAUUGUUGUCUCAUUGGAAUAUCAGGCCUUGUCCCCCGUAUGGUGCCACAGCUAUCUACCACUGAAGUGCUAGUGUUCAUAGUCAUUUUAGAGCAUGUGAUAUUGGCUGUGAAGUUACUGAUUGCAUAUGCUAUACCAGACGUUCCCUACUGGGUGGCCACAGAGAAGGCAAGAUGGGAGUUCCAGCGGAGAGAGGCUCUGAAGAGGCUUGCGGCUCAGACAACCAGUCCACCCCCAUUACAGAACAAAAAUGCACCAAACUUAAUUAAAAAUAAAUCAAACGACCCAAACACGAACAAUCAUGUCUCAAAUUCUGAAGGAAGUUCUCUUGGUGGCUCAACUCCGACUUCUCCCAUCACUCCAACGUCAAAAUCAGUCAUAGUGCCUUCACCGACUAAUCCAGCUACUUCAAAACUAGCGACAUCUAGUGGUGCAAGUGGAACAUCAAAGAUGGCGCCACAUGGUACAGUUGUGACGGCAGCGAAAACUCAUGAAGGAUCACCACUCCGACCAAAUAGUUUAUCAAAAAAUGGAAGUAGCGUAUCACCCCCUAGGGUUACAAUGGGGGUACCCCCUAAGCCCCCUCCUCGGACAUCCCUAGUAAGCACCAGUCCUAAGUAAAGCAUUUUGUAACAAACUGGUGAAUUACAUCAUUGUGUCGUAAAAUGCAAAAUAAACUGAAAAAAGGAAUCAAAGAGGAAUAAACUGAAU